UGGAAGAGAUUGGGGAAAACCAGCUGGUUCUUCCUGUACCAUCACUUUGAUGAUACCUGAGGACAGUGGAGUUUACUGGUGUGAGUCCAGAGAGGGUCCCAUCAGUAACAUGGUUAACCUGACAGUCACUGGUGGAUCAGUGAUCCUGCAGAGUCCUGUCCUCCCUGUGAUGGAGGGAGAUGACGUCACUCUGCUCUGUAAAAAAAAGAACUCCUCCAACCUCCCAGCUGCUUUCUAUAAAGAUGGCUCCCUCAUCAGGAAGCAGCCUACAGGUCACAUGACCAUCCAGCAUGUUUCCAGGUCUGAUGAAGGCCUCUACAAGUGUAACAUCAGCGGUCAUGGAGAGUCUCCAUCCAGCUGGAUCACUGUCACAGGGAAAUCUACAACCACAUCUCCAUCUACUCCCACACCUGUAUAUACAUCCACCUCUUUCCCUACAUCAGCUACUCGCCCUAGUUCUUCUGUUCUUCUUCCUGUGUUAAUCUCUGUUGGGUCAGUCUGUGUUGUGGUUCUACUGGUGUUACUGGUUCUGCUGGUGAGAAAAAAUCAUCACAGAAAACCUAAAGAUCAAGACAAAGCUGCAGGAGAAGACGUCACAUACAGUGACGUCAAAAUAUCCCAUGAUCGACAGCAGCCUGUGAAACACAGCAGAGAGAGAGACUCUGCUACAGUCUACUCAGAAACGAGAAUUGAAGACGUCAGUUAUGGAGAAAUCGUCAUCAAAGACAAGAAGAAAAAGUCAAAGACCAAAGAGAGCGACAGCAUGGCGGUCUACUCCUCAGUGAAAACUAAAGACCUCAGUUAUGAACAAGUAGCCAUCAGCCCAAAGAGGACGAGAGACUUUAAACCAGAGUCAGACGUCGUCUACUCUUCACUGAAGUAGUCCACCAGUCCAACCACUGAUGUCCAGCUGCUGGUCUCUAACUGGUCCCCCCAGCACCUCAGACCAGAGGACAUCCACAUGUUACAGAUAUUUUAUUAAAUAUAUUUUAUGUCUUAAUCUCCUGUUGUUGGACCCGUGAUUCAUAAUUUGCAUUUUGAUGCAAAAUCAGCAAUGUGAAAUAUUUAUAUAAAUAAUGUAAAAUAGGGAUAUUUCUAUGUAACAUUAAAAACUUCCAGAUGUUUUGUGGUAUUUAUUUGCAUUUGUCCUG